AUGUCGCCCACGUCAGUAAACACCCACGGCACUCCCACGACGCCGCCAAACUCAACCAUUGCUAGCUCUGCACCUUUGAAACCCCCAGCGUCAAAACAGUCCGUUGACUACGAGUUGGUCCAGUUGACAGACCAGCAAGUCAUUGACUUCACCCGCGUGCAAAACAGCCAAUCGUGGAAAGGUGCCCUCAGCACGCAGGACUAUGUGCUCCGUGAACACGUCUUGGGCAAGGCCCAAAUGACCGCAGAUAAGCUUCUCGUGUUCAUGCUCAAGCUGAAGGACGACGACGCGACGCCGCUUUGCUCGAUUGAGCUCUUGAUCCGGCCAGCGUGGAAAUAUGAAAACAUCGACGGGAGCUGCAAGAGGCGCCAGGUGUUGAGUGGGUGCAUUGGUGGGGUCUAUACUUAUGAAGACCACAGAGGCAACGGGUACGCCAGGAUCAUGGUUGAUCACUUGGUCCAAUUCGCCAAGCGCAAUGAUGUCUUGGGCACGGACGGAUUUGUGUUUUUGUAUUCUGAAAUCGGAGAGUACUAUACUAAAAACGGGUUCAAGUCCUUUGCUGUGGAUCUAAUCAAGAUCAAGAUCAAGACCACGGAACCCGCGCCAGUGGAUCCGCAAGUUGCCACAAGCAAAGAUGACCAUUUCGAGUUGGUGGAAUACCACCAGUUUCAACACUUGAUGGAGUUGUACGCCGCCAAGCUCGAUGCCGACAUCACGAAACAGGUGCAAUCCGACAACAAGUCGCGCGUUGCCCUCGUGCCAAACUCAGACAUCAUCGACUGGUUCCAUCUCCGUGCAAAGUACGUCACCUACAAACUAUUCCCCCCACCGCACUCACCCAACAUCGACUUUACCUCAGGAUCAUACAAUGAAAUCCGCGAGCAGCUACAACACUCCCACCCCAAAACCUUUGGAAUCAAGCUUACUACCACCACAACAUCAACCGAAAGUCUCGCUGGGUUCAUAAUCUGGACGAUCGAUUGGUCGUCUCCCACGUCAAACAAAGCAACCGUCAUCAAGCUCGUCUCGUUGCACGACGACACCCAAGUCUUGCAGAAAUUGCUCGACCAUAUGGUGGCCCAUAUCGCCGCCACCAAGAUCGAAGGCCAGUCAACUAGCGAGAUCGUCAUUUGGGAGUCCGAAGUCUGCGGCCCGGUCAAGCUCUACCUCGAGGAGAGAUACGGCGCCGUGACGGGCGCGGAAAACGGGUCACGGAGCGCGGCGUUGAUGUGCGAUGUUAGUGAAGAUGACAAGUUGAGACGGGGGCAGCUCGUGUGGGAAGAAAAUAGCAAACUAUGCUGGUUUUGA